ACUACUAUUUCUUUCAGUUAUUAGUAGCAUUCAUUCAUUCAACUUUGUGCCGCGCAAGCGUGCGUAGUUCCUCAGUUCCUUCGCGUGUACCUUACAAAAAAAAUAAAAAGAAGAAGAAAAUUAUUAACGAUCUACAAGUGAUCACUCCAAAGUCUACAGCUACAGCUACACAUAUAACAUAAUACAAAGAUACAUAUAACAUCAAGUGACUUUAAUUCAUUCGUCGCUGUCGCUGUCGUCGUCGCGUUAAUUCCAGUGAUUAGCAGCAGCUUUAACACUUAUCGCAUUCCCAUUGGUGCUUGCCUUAAAGUGCGCCAUAAACUAAAAGGCAACGGCAGCAGCAGCAGCUGGAAAGACGGCCCACCCAAAACGCCUACAACAACAAUAACAACAACACCACCAACCAACACCGGUGAAAUCACAACAACGCCAACGAGCGUGUGAUAGUUGACAAAAAAAAAAGAAACGAAAACCAAAAGAAGCAAAAGCAAUCAUCAAAAAAACAAGAAUAGCAGCAGCGUUGCCACAUUUCACCAAUACAUGUGUGUGUGUGCUUCUUAUCUGCAAUAGCAAUAGAGAUAGCGAUUACGCUUUGAGUCCCGUUAAAAGCACUGCGCUCAUUGCAUUGAGCAAAGCUCCCAACACACACAUACACACGCAAACGCACCCCACUCAGCGCCUGAGUGCAAGAGAUCGAAGCACACACAGUGAGAGAGUGCAAAGAGAGCGUAAGCGUAAUUGAGAGCGUGAGAGUGGUCGACAAGCACAGAACUGACACCGACACCGACACCAACAACGUUACCGACGCCGACGCUGACGCCAAAGUCGACGUCAAACUCAAUAAGAGAAAAAUAACAGCAACACCAACAACAAGAACAACAACAACAACAAUUACUACAACUUCACCCACUGAUUGUGGUGAGCACUGAGCGCGCGCGCGUCUGUCGCACGUAGGCAACAAAGCAAAAAGCAAAAAGCAAAAAGCAAAGAAAAAAAGAGGGAAAAUAUAUCGUCUGUCAAAAUGUUUGCUGUAAUGCGAAUCGACAACGAUGACUGCCGGUCGGAUUUCCGUCGCAAGAUGCGUCCAAAGUGUGAGUUCAUUUGCAAGUAUUGCCAGCGGCGUUUCACCAAGCCAUACAAUCUGAUGAUACACGAGCGCACGCACAAAUCGCCAGAGAUAACAUAUUCCUGUGAGGUCUGCGGCAAAUACUUCAAGCAACGUGAUAAUCUGCGUCAGCACAGAUGUAGUCAGUGUGUUUGGCGAUAAGCUAAAAUUAUCAUAAAUAAAGUAAAAAGAAAACCAACACACAGCAAUAUAAAAUAUAUAUAUAUAUAAAAGACACCAGCACCAGAAAUCUAAGCACCGCAGCACCAACAACAACAACAACAGCAAAAAAGCAACAGAAACAGCAACAACAACAACAGCACGCAAUAUCACAAAUGAAUUUAAUAUUAAUUUUAUAAAUUGUCAUAUAUUAUGCUAUCGAUAUAUGUAUGUAUAUCAAUAAGCGACCGCAACAACAGCAGAACCAACCACAAAGCACGCCUACCGCCCACCUUCAUGCACAAACAACAACAUGCAACAGCGUCGAUAACCGAUAAACGAUAGACAUUGGAAUGCAAUCGGGUGUUGGUAUUCGAUAAUUCGAUCAUUCGCUUAUAUUAUUAUUUUUUGGUUUUUGUGUUUUUGUUUAUCUUCUUCACAUUGUUCUAUACUUAAUGGUUUAUCGAAGCAUGCAACUUGCCACGCCCACCACAAAUGUUGCGCAGGCGCAGCACCACCAAUCAGCAACAACAGCCACAACAACAACAAUAAUUACAACUGCAACAGUAAAACA